AUGCCGAAGAAUUAUGAAAUCAGGAGGAAGCUCAAUGCUUCCAACACUAUAAAUGCUCGCAUUGCUGGAUGCAAGCUCAUGCAACCUUCUAUGGCGGAAGUGAUGCUUCUGGUACAAUGGACACCCGCUAUAACUUUUUUUAUAAUCUGGUCAGGUGGAGCAUGUGGAUAUGGCGACCUCUACACCGAUGGUUACAAAACAAACACGGCGGCGUUAAGCACUGCACUGUUCAACGACGGCAAAUCAUGCGGAGGUUGUUACCAAAUGGUGUGCGAUGCGACCAAAGUGCCACAAUGGUGUCUUAAAGGGAAAUGGAUAACAAUCACAGCUACUAACUUCUGUCCUCCCAAUUACGCUUUACCAAACGAUGAUGGAGGUUGGUGCAAUCCUCCAAGGCCUCACUUCGAUAUGGCUCAGCCUGCUUUUGAGACCAUCGCCAUUUACAGAGCCGGAAUCGUCCCUGUUCUCUAUAGAAAGGUUGGAUGUAGAAGAAGCGGAGGUAUGAGAUUCACCAUGAACGGUAGAGAUUACUUCGAGCUUGUCCUCAUCUCAAAUGUCGGAGGCGCAGGUGAUCUAUCCCAAGUAUGGAUCAAAGGCUCCAAGAGUAACAAAUGGGAGACCAUGUCAAGAAACUGGGGAGCUAAUUGGCAAAGCCUUACUUACCUUAACGGACAAAGUCUCUCUUUCAAAAUCCAAGCCAGUAACGGUAAGAUAAAGACAGCAAUCGACGUUGUUCCUUCAUACUGGCAGUUUGGUCAGAGCUUCAAGAGCAACAUUAACUUCUGAUAACUAUGGACUAGCUACUACUGUAAAUGAAAGCUUGAUUUCUUGAAAUGUAAUGUUACAUAAUUUGAAUACAUGAAACCGACCGAGUAUACGGAGAAAGUGUUAAGCUUAAUAUUAAAUGAUGGCAAACUGUUGUCAAGUGUCUAUUUAUCUCUCCUUAAUUAGUCCUUCCGCUGCUUUCGCUUUUCCCGUUCUAUUCGACAAAGCUGAGAUUCCUACUUUCCUCUCUCUCAUCUUCUGCAAAUACUUCACCUCUGCCUCUUCCAAUGCCAAUCUGCCAUUUUCACCCCAAAAAAUUAGAUCCUUUUUCACUAACUACCCACCAUCAACCUAUAAUUGGCCGGCUAAUUGGAGAAACUCAUACUAGAAAUGUUCUGUUGACCUUCGUUUCUCUUCUUCAUCUGAAUUUGCGGCUUUAUUUAGAUCUUCUUCUUCAUCGCAGAGCUUUUAUUAUAGAUUUCCUUCUUUUAACCGGCGAACAAGACUGGUUGUUCAAAAAAAAAAAACCGGCGAACAAGACUUACUUUAGGCUGCAAAGCAGUUUGAUCCUUUCAGUUGUAGACACACUCUCCUUCGGCUACAUAUCACAGAGCUCUUUUUACGUGGGCUUUAUUAAUAUCCUAUUCUACCUUUUUAUUAGGCCCAUUUUAGUUUUUGAUCAUCCAACUAUGAGAUAAAACAAUUUAUUGACGACGAGCAAAGAUACUAAAAAAUGAUUCAAUCCUAACAACAUUUUAUUAUAUGUCAGCUGCGUUAUUCAUGUAAACAUAUUUUUCAUCUUCCAACAUAUUAGCUCAGAUUACGGUUUAAGCAACCCAUUCUCUAUAAAUACUAGUAGUUUCUUAAUGCAUGCUGCAGGUUCUUCUUUCAUUUUAAAAUAUGUAUUUUUUAUAGUGUGUUAAUAUUUUAGUAUUACGUAAUGCAGAAGAUAAUCAUUUUAACUCACUACUCAUCAUAAUGGCCACACCACACCAGAACAUUUUUAAUACAGCAAUAGAGUUAGGUUUGGUAACUGACAUGUAUGUUUCAUUCAUGGGAUAAUGUCGGCUAAUGUGUCAGAUGCCACGUUCCGUUGAUCCAACCUGUCGCUGCUCAACUUUUCUCCCAUCCUUCUUACAUAUUGCAUAUCUUGAAUAUUAUAAGCAUUAAAAUUAUUAGAUUUAUCCAUUUCUGUCGUUUGAUUUGUUGUUUAUAAAAUGUGUUUUCCCAUUGACAAAAAAAAAAAUGUGUUUUCCCAUUUUUGAGUUGCCGUGAACCUAAUUACCUAACAUCAGAACAACAGAAAAAAACGUUAGAUUUGUUAGAUAGGUGACUAGUAUUAGGACGAUGAAAAAUCUUGACAUGCAUACAACAAACAAUAAAAGAAAACAUUAGUUAAGUUUCAAAAAAAAAAACAAAUAUUAGUUGAUUUAUUUAGCAUUUGAAUAAAUAAUAAGAGAGAAAAGUCCACUGAUUUUUUUUUUUUUGCGCAACCGAAAAGUCCACUGAUUAAAAUGUUAUUUUAGUGCUAUUAUAUUGAUGGAUCAUUUACAUUGUAUUUAACGAUCGUUUGGCUAGAAAGUGAUCGUUCUGCUUAGUAAAACACAGUGAACCAAAAAUAGAAAGCUUUUUAUCCAAACAUAAAAAAAGAACAACGAAGCAAAAAGGAAAACCAUUUUUUAGAAAAAGAUGGUCUCAUAAUAAAGAAUACAGUAAAUGGGUAGGUACUAGUUGACAAAAAAAAAGGGUAGGUACUAGGUAUUGGUACAGAGAGUUGAGAGAACAUAAUAAUUGAAAAGAAUAUGUAUUGGGCUACGAAAGCAAUUUCUUUAUUAAUCGGACGGCUAAUAGGAGCCAUCAAGGUUGACCACUACGUGACGACAUAGUGGCCUUACCCCGGGCCAGCUUCACUUUUCCCAAUUCAUUGUAACUCUUUUCCACUCGCAUCGUCUAUAAUAAAAAUAGCAUUUGAUUCUCUUAUAGUUUCCCUACCCUUUGACCAAAAAUAAGCUUCCCUUCUUUUUUUUUUUUUCCCUUCAAGUGAUUAUAUUAUCAAACGAUGAAACAUACAUGACCAACGGACUAAGAUAUGCCGUGGUUAGCUAAUCCGACAGACAACACAAUGUCUCCGGAACCUAGAACCCAUAAAGGACAACAGAAGCCCAAACAAUAACAAACCAGGGCACUUACAGACCAACAUUUUAAGCUGAGUAACAAGACUCAUGGACCACUGAUAGCACACUCAACAAAACAGAGAAAUCUAAAUGAUAGA